GAAACGUCUCGAAUUUUCUCCGACGUACAUGUGCGUUUCUUCGUCGCAAAGGCAAAUCGAGUGUGUCAAUUAGAGUUGUUCGUUUCUCUUGGGGAUUAGACCAAUUUCCACUAUCUGGCCAAAAGAAAUAAUCAAUUUCUACUUCCUGCUAAUACAGCAAUUGACUGGAAGGAAGAUAGAGAGAUUGAAUCGAAGGAUGGAAGUGAGAAUUGGAAGACGGGUAUCGAGGGGUAUGCUGCCUCUGAUGGCGCUUCAUACAUUUAGCGAGUAUUAUAGGUCAGAUAGGAAACCUCCUAUUACUGCUGGUCUUAUUGCUGCAAAUACUCUCAUUUAUCUGAGACCUAGCUUCUUGGAAUCAAUCCUUCCUUCUAUAGAUGAAGUCUGGUUCAAUCCCUACCUCAUCCUCAAGCGCAAGGACCUGAAACGGUUCUUCUUGUCAGCAUUCUAUCAUAUCAGUGAACCUCACCUGGUCUACAACAUGCUGUCACUUCUGUGGAAGGGAAUGCAGUUAGAAACUGCAAUGGGGAGUGCUGAAUUUGCUUCCAUGGUGGCUGCCUUGCUUGCUUUAUCCCAGGGCGUCACUCUAAUGCUAUCCAGAUCACUCCUCCUAUUGUUUGACUAUGAGAGAGCUUAUUACAAUGAAUAUGCCGUUGGGUUCUCUGGUGUCCUGUUUGCCAUGAAAGUUGUGCUUAAUUCCCAAGCACAUGAUGAAUAUACUUACGUACAUGGAGUGAUAGUACCAUCCCGUUAUGCCGCCUGGGCCGAAUUGUUUCUUAUUCAAAUGUUUGUACCUGGUGUCUCAUUUCUUGGUCAUCUUGGUGGCAUACUUGCUGGUCUGCUUUAUCUGCGGUUAAGGGGUGGCUACUCAGGCUCAGACCCCCUAACUCCGCUCAUCGGGGGUCUUAUCGGGGUAUUGAACUGGCCUUUCAAGUUUUUAAAAAAAUUAUUUCGGUUUCGCCGGGGGAGGAUCUCCGGCAGGGGAACUGUCGGUAGGGAUCAGAGAAGAAGAACUGCUCAGUCUGGUGCAUGGAGAUGCCAGAUAUGCACAUAUGAUAAUCCUGGUUUGCUAAGUUUAUGUGAGAUGUGUGGUGCCAGACGAAGUGAGAAUAGUUCUACACCUCACGUAUGGCACCGUGAAUCUCGUGGUCUUUCUGCAGAGGAAGUGCGUCGUUUAAGGGUUGAAAGAUUUGGCAGGAGAUAAUGAAAUUUAGUUCCCACCUCUAGCAAAUGACACAAUGGGAUAGAAAUUGUUUGAAUAAUAUACGUGGAUGAUCAAUCUGGCAUAAGAACAUGGAUUUCAGCUAUUCUAUAAAUAGUUGAGAGGCUAUACCGUGAAUUGUGUUUCGGCGACGCCAGAUUGUCUGUAUGUAAAUGACAUUGACAUGAUAUCCAAACAAGAUUCGCCUCAUUUUCAUAGAUAUA